UUGCUUCGGCCAUUAGCAUAAAGCAUUUGAGAGUCUCAAAGACUUCAAUCCCUAUAUAAUCCUAAAAUAAUCCCGCCAAAAUGGACGCGAAACCUCUCUCGAUCUCCUCUCUGCUUCUUGUUUUCCUGAUCGUUUCUACUGCAAUGGCUGAAUCCACCCCCAAACCCGUUGAUUCCGCUGAUUCUUCUACUCCUGCUGUUCACAUCGUCUACACUGAGAAACCCGAGAGUGAAGAGCCUGAGGCCUACCACAUCAGAACCCUCACUGCUGUCCUUGGCAGUGAGGAGGCUGCCAAGGAGGCUUUGUUGUACAGUUACAAAAGCGCUGCUAGUGGAUUCUCGGCUAAGCUAACUCCGGAGCAGGUUUCUGAAAUUUCAAAGCAACCAGGUGUUCUUCAAGUUGUUCCAAGCAGGACUCUUCAGGUUCAUUCAGGGCCGAUGAACCUGCAUUAAAGGAUGGGGAGAUUCUAGGUGAAUCUUUCAAGCAGUUUCCUCUACCAUGUAUAAACUAGUUUGACCCAACCUAUGCUCAUGUUAAUGUUAAGAAAAAUAUCCUGUACAAGCUUAUGAUUGUGUGAUGUAUACAAAUGCCCCAAACCUGCAUUAACUUUUUCUGGGCUGACGAUGAAAUAAUAAUCGCUUGAUGCUUUGAAAUGUUAAACACAGUUUUCUCUAUUACCUUAUUUAGCUCACUGCUUAUGUAUGAUGAAAAACAAUAGUAAUGAACUUGAUACAAAUUUUUUAAGUAUUAGGAACAUAAGGGAGCCAUUCCUAUCAUCCAAGGCUUGCGGGCUGAGAAGUGGAAGAUGGCAUGCUAGUGUCCGUUUUUCCUUAGUCAAAUGUAAUGUACAAGUGUGUAGGGAGUGAUAUUUCCCAUUUGUUUUGGACUUUUGAUAUUUCUAAUUACACUUGCGCUUCCAAGUCUUCCUUCUUCAAA